GCUCCGAGGCAGGGGGAGCGAGCACUCGCUGCCUGCGCUGCCGAGACGGGUUUGUCUCUCCAUCCUCUGCAGCCGUGGCCAUGAGCACCACUGUCCGGCAAUUCUCCUCCUCCACCUCCCUCAAGGGCUUCGGGGGCCUGGGGGGAGGCUCCAGCCGCCUUUCCUCUGUGCGCCUGGGGGGCGCAGGGUACAGAGCCCCCAGCCUCCACGGGGGCUCCAGCACCUACUCGGUCUCUUCCCGCAUCGUCUCGGGGCUCGGCAGCGGCUACGGGGGCAACUACUGCAGCAGCGUGGGAGGGGGCGUCGGCGGGGGCUUUGGGGGCAGCUAUGGGGCUGGCCUUGGGGCCGGCUUCGGAGGCGGCUUCGGAGGUGGCUUUGGAGGCGGCUUUGGAGGUGGCGAUGGCAUCCUGCAGGCUGGGGAAAAGGAGACGAUGCAGAACCUCAACGACCGGCUGGCUGCCUACCUGGACAAGGUGCGAGCCCUGGAGGAGGCCAACACGGACCUGGAGGUCAAGAUCAGGGAGUGGUACAAGAAGCAGGGACCCGGCCCAGAGCGUGACUACAGUCCCUACUACAGGACUAUCGAGGAGCUCAGGAACAAGAUUCUUGCUGCAACUGUUGAAAAUGCCAACAUCGUCUUACAGAUCGACAACGCCAGGCUGGCAGCCGAUGACUUCAGGACCAAGUUUGAGACGGAGCAGGCUCUGCGCAUGAGCGUGGAGGCCGACAUCAACGGGCUGCGCAGGGUCCUGGACGAGCUGACCCUGGCCAGAGCUGACCUGGAGAUGCAGAUCGAGAACCUGAAGGAAGAGCUGGCCUAUCUCAAGAAGAACCAUGAGGAGGAAAUGAGCGCCCUGCGCGGGCAGGCGGGUGGAGAGAUCAGCGUGGAGAUGGAUGCGGCUCCUGGCGUUGACCUGACCAAGAUCCUGUCUGAGAUGAGGGAGCAGUACGAGAGCCUGGCGGAGAAGAACCGCCGGGACGCCGAGCAGUGGUUCUUCAGCAAGACAGAAGAGCUGAACCGGGAGGUGGCCAUCAACACGGAGCAGCUCCAGAGCGGCAAGACGGAGAUCACAGAGCUACGACGGACCAUCCAGAGCCUGGAGAUCGAUCUGCAGUCCCAGCUCAGCACGAAAGCGGCGCUGGAGGGCACCUUGGCUGACACAGAAGCCCGGUACGGUGCCCAGCUGGCCCAGCUGCAGGGGCUGAUCAGCGGCGUGGAGGAGCAGCUGGCCGAGCUGCGCUGCGACAUGGAGCGGCAGAACCAGGAGUACAGGGUCCUGCUGGACGUCAAAUGCCGCCUGGAGCAGGAGAUCGCCACGUACCGCCGGCUGCUGGAGGGCGAGGACGCCCACAUCUCUUCCCAGUAUUCUUCAGCUAUGUCCUCACACUCCGGCAGAGAUGUCAUGACAUCCUCCCGCCAGGUCCGCACCAUCGUGGAGGAGGUGCAGGAUGGGAAGGUGGUUUCCUCCCGGGAGCAGGUUGCACUCACCACUCGCUAGGAAGGCAAAAAGCGCCCUGGACCCUCGACCCCGGGGCUCAGGAGAGCGGCGAGCUGAACCCAAGGCCACAUGUGAUGGGGCUGUGCCCCCAAAAGCUCUCAGCUUCACUCAUCCCCUCCUCCUCCCUGUUUUACCCUAAUUUCAGGCGGGUGCCGCCGUGCACUCUGUACACAUUGAAUAAAGCUUUUCUCCUUGUUCAUGCAA